AUGUCUCCUGGCAGAACCCAGGAAGAUCUUGCCCCGUUGGCAGAUGGUGUUGAGAGCCUUGCUGCAUCUCUUGAGCAGAUGUUUCAGGACAAGUUUUCCCAGUUGAUUUUUGGAGAAGUAGGAAAAGCCCUGCACCAGCAGAGCACAGAGGUUAGAUUCACUGGACUGUUGCCCCUGAUUGCCUUUGACCUUGUCGCUUCUGUUGGCCAGAGAUAUAGCGACUUGGGAUCUCCUCAGUCUAAUGAAAGCAACCAAUUUAUCCGGUCUGGAUUAUCCAACGAUACUUCUACCAACAUGUUCGACAAUCCUUCAGCAUAUUGUAGCCCUUUGUCUACCUUGAGCCAUCGACAGAGGAACCAGCUUAUCGACGUCUGGUUCUCCGCACAUCCCCUGACAUUUCUCAUCUCCAAGACACUGCUGCUUCGAGAAAUCCGCGAAGAUACCUGUGACGAAAUCCUCAUGGCUGUGAUGCUAGCUGAUGCUAGCUUCGUCGUCGGAGAGGACUCGACAGUUGCUCGUGGACAUGAGCUCCUGCAGUGGGCCAAGACUCAGCUACAGAUGCGGCCAUGCUAUCAUCCUUCCGAGGACAACGAUGCUGUAUAUUCUGGUGUACCUACGAGAGUUUACAAAGGGGUUACCACAGCACAGACCUUGGUGUUGCUGGCCUGGAACGCCCUAUAUUCCCACGAAUUCCGCCGAGCGAUCUGUUAUAUCGAAGUUGCAAGCAAGCUGGUUACCGAGAUCAAGGAUUGUAUGUCCAAGGAUGCCUCCCAGCCGAGCUCCAGCCGCAUAAAUGGUGUUGACGUCCUUGAUGUCGAGAAAGAAGUUGUCUCAAAUCUCUGGUGGACAACAUAUUCCCUUCACAUCUGGACCUCCAUCCAAGCAGGAGUCUUGCCCAAAACCACACCGUCAACCUUUGACCUCGAAUCUCUCCCCGUGACCUCAACCUCAUCAGUUACCAUUCAGCUUGACCUCGUCUCUGAGAACUUCAACACCCUACAGAAGCAAAAGGGUAACAUUCGAGAAAUGAGACCUCUUGCCCAGGUUGUGAGCACUGUUGCAUACUUGUUCUCCCAAACCUCGGAUCAAACCGCCUCAAAUCAUGGCGUCGGCAUCUGUAAAGAAGCUAUCCGCUCUUUUGGUACAAAUACAUAUGAUCCGAACGCAAAAGGUCAAGAUGAUGACAGAUUGUGGCAAUUACUUGUUGCCUUUCACCAUACAAUGCUCAUUCAGUUCCUCUUCCCCAAAAACGGCUCAUUCUACGAGCAAGUGGUGGUCCCGGCUGAGACUGUUCAUCAAUUUUGCGCUUCUGUAGAACAAGUCAUACAGGCCCUUUCGCCAACUACCAGGCACAAUCAACACUCAGCCUCAACAUUCCAACAACCCCUCUAUAAAGCUCUGUGUACUCUUAUGGACACUUGCUCCCGAGCUUUUAGCCUCCUGCGGGAUAACCUAGGGCUUAGUCUUGAUCAUAGCUACUUCCGUCCAGAGUGGGAUAAUCGUCUCUGCUCUUUGGCAAACUCCUUGUAUACAAUCAGCAAAGACGAACGAUUCUACCAAGGCACAACCUUGCGCAGUGUGCGAAAGCAGAUCAAGUCAUGUGCUCGUGCUUUUGGCAGUAAUAGCAAUACCAACGCGCUUGGGCUAUUGGAGCCGAGCAUGAACUCUAUGCGAUCCAUGUCGCACUCCCCUCAGAGCAAUGUCAGGCCUCCGAAUGGCUUUAUCGCGAAUAAUGAGGCCUUGGUGGAUAUGCCGUCGCCUUUUCAGGCUGAAGCUUCUUCGAGGGUAUCUUCAUCUAUGCCAUCUUCGUCAGGCUCCUCUACUAGCGUGUCAACUCACUCGUUCACCCCGUUUGAGGGGAUGGGCAAAUGGCCAAUCAACGAGACUUUUCCUCAUGGGAUAAUGUCUACCAAUAUGAACUCUCCCCCUAUUGUUCAGCAAGGGAUGUGGUAUUCGCAAGCACCCCCUAUGGUGAACUUCGAGGCCGCGGGCCCUGUCUCUCUUCAGCAUAGCCAGUGGGCUUGGCCUCCCACAAGUGGCGAAGAGGCACCAUACAUAUCUUUCCAAACACUAGAUAUGGAUGAGACCUGA